AAAGGAUAUUAUUAUAUUAUAGAAGUGAAAAUUAAUGUCUAAUAUAAAAUAAGUUUUUUUUUAUAAAGUAAUCUUAAAUGUAUUUUUCUUAAUUUACAUAAUGGACAUAAAUUUUUAAUUGAAUUUCUUUAUAAUGUCGUUGCCAUUGAUUCGAACAUUAUCUAGGACAUGCUUUAAGAAACAUAGCACACACUUGACCGGAAUUUAUUAUCAGCCUCCAAACUUAUGGAUAAGAUUGAAUUCAUCCAAAGAAUCUAACCCAACAUCAGGUAUAACAACAGGAAGUGGUUUAUCUUUCAGCAAUGACAAAUCUCAACAGAUAAAAGACUCUUCACAACAACAUGGAAAAUAUAGUAGACAAGCAGUAAGACAAAAUGUUCAAGGAUAUGUUUUUACUCGAUAUAUAGAUUAUUUAAAAAAUUAUGAUAAAUUGUUAGAAAAACAAUUUCCGAAAGCAGCGAGAGUCUAUCAUAUAUUCUUUGAUGGAGUUAAAUUAUUUUUAAAUGAUUUAAAAUAUUAUUUAAAAAUUUGGCGUAUAGUGAAUAUAUCAUCCGGAGGUCUUGAGUCAUUAAAUAGAAAAGAAAUUGAAUUAUAUAUGCAAAUGCCUAGGGAUAUGAUAAAAGUUGCACCUACACUUCUUAUCUCAGCUUUACCUUUCGUCGGAUAUGCAAUAUUUCCCAUUGCUUAUGCAAAACCAAGAUAUUUUCUAACUGCCCAUUUUUGGACAAUUCAACAAAAAACUGAUUUUCAGUUACAAAUAUUAAGAGAAAGAUUGUCGUAUAAUAAAGCAAUUCUUCGAUUUCUUCAACUAAAAUUGAAAUCAAAUAAACCUCACCCUUUAUAUCAGGAAUGGCGCAAUAUUUUAGGUCAACUGGGAAGUGGUCAACAUCCUACAGUAGAACAAAUAAUAAGUGUUAAAAAUUUAUUUUCUGCAGCGCCUUAUUCAUUCAAAAGUUUACCAUCCAGUCAUAUAAAAAACCUCUGUCGUCAUCAUGGUAUAUCAGCAUCAUUUUUUAAAAGAAAUCGUUUACUAGAGCAUGCCUAUCUUAUACAUCAUAUGGACUUAGCAAUUAAACGAGAAGGAGACGUUCACAAUAUGGAGCCAAAUGCUUUGAGAAAAUCAUGUUAUUUAAGAGGUCUAAACCCAUCAAAUUUAACAAACGAACAAAUGAUUAGUUGGUUAAGAAAUUGGUUAGAAGUGUCCUUAGCCCUUGAAGAAGAACAUAUCGGUUUAUUUGUACAUUUGCAAAUCUUAUUAACAUAUAAUAAUCCAAAUAAUUGGAAACUGAUAUAUUAAUUUGUCGAUAGCCAAAAUAUGUAAUUUACGCUUAAUGUAAAUAAAUUUUAUUUAAUUUUUUUAUUGAAUAAGAAAAAAUCAAACUAUUUUUGCAACUUCUAACUUUUCAAAUAUUGUGCAAAUGUUGUAAAAUAUUUAUUUCACAAAAUAUUAAAAUAGUUUUGGUGAUAUAAUAAACCUUUUAAUUGAAUUGAAUUGGAAUAUGUUACAUUUACAAUUAGUAAUUGUAAUUUUAUUGUUAACAUUUUUGUUCCCUUAAAAAUACCACUUGUAUUAAAACAACUAAUUUAUAGAAUAA